AUGUCUGUCCACGCUGAGCCGCCGCCGCCGCUGGUACGGGAGCCCCGUCGCUUUGAAUAUGAGACCGCCGAACAGUUGGGGAAGGGUGGCUUUGCCAUCUGCCAUCGCGCCACUCUGCUCGACCAGGGUAACCCCACUGGGCGGGUAGUCGCGCUCAAGAUUGUCAAGUCCAAGAUGGAGCCCCCAAAGCUCGCGCAAAAGUUUGUCACAGAGCUGCAGAUUCAUUCCAAAUUGCAUCAUCCGAACAUCGUCGACUUCUAUCGCGCCUUUUCUUUCCAAGACAGUACUUACGUAGUCCUGGAGAUAUGCGAAAACGGCUCCCUCGCCGAUAUCUUGAAAAAGAGGAGAUGCUUUACUAUGCCCGAGAUCCGUCGUUUCGUCGUCCAGACGUGCGGCGCAGUCAAGUACCUCCAUCACCGGAACAUCAUUCAUCGCGACCUGAAGACCGGCAACCUCUUUCUGGAUAAAGACAUGAACGUCAAAGUCGGUGACUUUGGCCUCGCCGCCGUGUUGGUGUCGCAGAACGACCUGGGGGCGCGGAGGACGACCAUGUGUGGAACCCCAAACUAUCUAGCACCCGAGAUCCUGGAGAAGGGAGGGAGGGGACAUAAUGAAAAGGUGGAUUUAUGGGCGAUUGGAAUUAUCGCUUACACCCUUGCUGUGGGAAAGGCGCCUUUCCACGCGCCAAAGAGGGAGGAUAUUUACAAGAAGCUUCAGACACGCGACUACCAAUGGCCGGAAGUCGGCAAGACUACAAACGACAUUUCACAAGACCUAAAAGACCUGGUAGGGUCGUUGUUGGUCCACGAGGACGACCGACCAAACCCGGAUCUCAUCGUGAGCCACGAUUUCUUCCGGCUUGGAUAUACCCCUUCUCGCCUGGAUGUCAGGUACAAGCUAGGCGCGCCGAAGUGGCAACCCAAGCCGUUGUCGUCCGAGGCACGGGCGAGGGGGUAUACGGACGAGUGGUUCAGGAUAUGCAAAGAGUCGGGCGUUGGCGAGCUUCCGGAUGGCAGGGUAUUUUCCAUCAUCGGUGGCAGGAAGAUCAGAUCCGUGGUCAAGGACUGUGAAAAGGAACUUGCUUUAGGCAAGCAACCCGUGGUGCCCAUUCCGUCCGACAUCGUUUACGUACCAUACCCGGAGCGCGAAGACUGGCCCUUCCCGACCUCAAAUGCAGGAGGCCUCAGCGAGAUUGUUGAAGAAAAAGAACCCUCCCAGGACGCAUUGGCGGAAAUUACUGCUAACGACCGCGCGCAAGCUGCAAUUAGCAAACCGCCGAAGAGAGCGACCAGUCGUCAGCAUAAGGAGAAUUUUGCUCCUCAACCAAUGCAGACUGGAGAAGUCCUUGAAAGGCCCAAGCGUACUCGGACCAUGCAGACGGCAAUCCGGACUGUGAGCUCGAGUAGGCCAUCUCGUCCAUCGCGAGAGAUCAAGUCGGCACCAGAAAUGGCAUGCAUUGAUGAGAAGCCCGCGAGUAGGACACCGCCAACUUCUCCAGAUGAUAGUGAGGAAGCCGUACGGCCGACUCACAAAGACAUUGUGAAAGUUACAAAGAAGCAGCCGGAGAGAGUCGAUUCGAUGGAUCUUCCUCAAGCACGGCCUUUUGUCUCAGACCCUGAUGUGGUACCGCAUAGCGAUCCUUCGACAGUCCUUGCCCGCGCAUCAACGUUCCGGAAUAACAUUGCGCAAGCUUUGGCGAACAAGCCCAAUCCGGUCCGUAAGCCAGCAAGCUCAUAUCAUCUCCCAUUUGUCAGCAAAUGGGUGGACUACUCCCGUAAGCACGGCGUAGGCUACGUUCUAGAAGACAACAGCAUCGGCUGCCUUCUCAACGCCACGGCGCGAGAUCCGGUGACGCAUGUCGUGGUACGCAACGGCUAUGAUGAGCUCAAGUCAUUGCAUAGCCAGAUUACCUCCAUAGACAAACUUCCUCUGGAGUUCUACGCGGACUGCGGCGAUGAUGGCAUAAGAAAGACCGAAGUCUCCAGAGAUCGAAAACGGACCACAGGUAUCCUAUGGUCAAAGUUUGCAAGGUACAUGUGUAAUCAAUUGAGGCAGCCAACCCAAGAGGAUUCUUCAGAGGACAACAGCAACAAGAAGCCCACGACUUUUGUGCGAUUCUAUCAGCGCUUCGGAAGCGUAGGCAUUUGGGGAUUCGAAGAUGGCGCAUUCCAGUUCAACUUCCCAGAUCAUACAAAGCUUGUGCUUUCACCAGAUGGCUGCUACUGUAACUUUACCUGUCUCUCCGUCGAGGCUGCAGAGCAUCUCGCCGCAUGCGGCGAGCUGCCAUUCAAGUACAUUAAGCAGCGCAAUCUCCUUUCCAGUAGCAUCCGUACACUUCUACACUCCACUGGCGAAAAGGGAAUGGUUGUAAGGCAGAUUGCCAGAGCAAACCAUUUGAAGGAGAAGCUCCGCUUUGUCACCACCGUCGUGGAUGCCUGGGUUGCCGGCGGCGGCCUCGGAUGUGCGUCCAGCGACACCGAGCAGCUGAAGUGGAAGGGACCACAGCUUGAGGACGGGAAGAAGCAGGAAUGGGUUACGGCUGUUUCCAAGCGCGCGGGGCGCAAGAAGGAUGCCGGCGGCGACAAGAAGGCCGCUGCCUCGGGCGGUGGUUUUUCCAAGAAGGCCGUCUUCGAGACGACCAAGAAGAAGGAAGUUGGCGUGUCGGACCUCACCCUGAUCAGUAAGAUCUCCAACGAAGCCAUCAACGACAACCUGAAGAAACGAUUCGACAACCGCGAAAUAUACACGUACAUCGGCCAUGUGCUGGUCUCGGUCAACCCCUUCCGGGACUUGGGCAUAUACACGGAUCAGGUGCUGGAGAGCUACAAGGGCAAGAACAGGCUGGAGAUGCCCCCGCACGUCUUCGCCAUUGCCGAGUCUUCCUACUAUAACAUGAACGCCUACAAGGAGAACCAAUGUGUAAUCAUUUCUGGCGAAUCGGGAGCAGGCAAGACGGAGGCUGCGAAGCGGAUCAUGCAGUACAUCGCGAACGUAUCCGGAGGCACGAACUCGUCGAUUCAGGAGAUCAAGGACAUGGUGCUAGCCACCAACCCGCUGCUGGAAUCUUUUGGUAAUGCUAAGACUCUGCGGAACAACAACUCCUCGCGCUUCGGAAAAUACCUAGAAAUUCAGUUCAACGCACAGGGUGAGCCUGUGGGAGCUAACAUCAACAACUACCUGCUGGAGAAGUCGAGAGUUGUUGGCCAGAUCACCAACGAACGUAACUUCCACAUUUUCUACCAGUUCGCAAAGGGCGCGUCGCAACAAUACCGAGAGCUUUUUGGUUUGCAGCAACCAGACGCCUACGUUUACCUGAGCCGGUCGAAGUGUUACGAUGUGGACGGUAUCGACGAUCUGGCGGAGUUUAAGGAUACUCUCGAGGCUAUGCGGAUUAUUGGGAUGCCACAAGAAGAGCAGGACGACGUUUUCAGGAUGUUGGCAACUAUACUUUGGCUCGGCAACGUCACAUUUGUCGAGAACGACGAGGGCAACGCCGCAAUAGCAGACCAAUCGGUCGUUGACUUUGUCGCUUACCUCCUGGAAGUUGAAUCGGCGCAUGUCAACAAGGCCCUCACGACAAGAGUUAUGGAAACCAGCCGCGGUGGUCGGAGAGGGUCCGUUUACGAUGUCCCGCUUAACCGUGCGCAGGCGGGUUCUGUUCGGGACGCUCUGGCGAAGGCUAUUUAUUUCAACAUGUUCGACUGGAUUGUCGCAAGAAUCAACCAGUCUUUGGUAGCAAGAGAAGCAUCAUCACAGUCGAUCGGUAUCCUGGAUAUCUACGGUUUCGAAAUCUUCGAGCGCAACAGCUUCGAGCAGCUGUGCAUCAACUACGUCAACGAGAAGCUGCAGCAGAUCUUCAUUCAGUUGACUCUGCGGGCUGAGCAGGAGGAGUAUGCGCGGGAGCAGAUCCAGUGGACGCCGAUUAAGUACUUCGACAACAAGGUCGUUUGCGAACUGAUCGAAGAGAAGAGGCCCCCAGGAGUCUUCGCUGCCCUCAACGACGCUUGCGCGACGGCGCACGCAGACCCAGCCGCUGCCGACGGUACAUUUACUCAACGUCUGAACGCUCUCUCUUCGAACCCGAACUUUAUGCCUCAACAGGGACGCUUCGUCAUCAAGCAUUACGCUGGUGAUGUCACGUACGCUACCGAUGGAAUGACGGACAAGAACAAGGAUCAAUUGCUUAAGGACUUGCUCAACUUGGUCGGCCAGAGCUCUAACCGCUUCGUCCACACCCUUUUCCCUCACCAGGUCGACCAGGACAACAAGCGCCGGCCGCCCACCGCCGGCGAUAAGAUUAAGGCAUCCGCGAACGACCUCGUUGCCACCCUUAUGAAGGCGUCCCCCUCUUACAUCCGGACAAUCAAGCCAAACGAGAACAAGUCGCCCACGGAAUACAACGAGGGCAAUGUCCUGCAUCAGAUCAAGUACCUCGGUCUGCAGGAGAACGUCAGGAUUCGUCGUGCCGGUUUUGCUUCGAGACAGACGUUCGAGAAGUUCGUCGAGCGUUUCUUCCUGCUUUCGCCAAGACUGUCGUAUGCCGGUGAAUACACGUGGACGGGUGACUACGAGACUGGUACCAAGUAUAUCUUGAAAGACACCAGUAUCCCUCAAGAAGAGUUCCAGAUAGGUGUGACGAAGGUGUUCAUCAAGACCCCUGAGACGCUGUUUGCUCUUGAGACGAUGCGUGAUCGCUACUGGCACAACAUGGCCAUUAGGAUCCAGCGCGCCUGGAGGAACUACCUGCGUUACCGUGCCGAAUGCGCCACGCGGAUUCAACGCUUCUGGAGGAAGCUCAAUGGAGGCAAGGAGUUCAUUGAGCUGCGUGACCAGGGCCACACGGUGCUGGCAGGCAGGAAAGAGAGGCGACGAUACAGUUUGCUUGGUCAACGUAGGUUCCUCGGUGACUAUCUUGGCAUCCAAAACCAAGGUGGUCCAGGCUCCGUUAUCGCCCAGUCGAUCAAUCUGGGGUCUGGCGAGGAGGUCCUCUUCUCGUGUAGAGCCGAGACACUCAUUUCGAAGCUCGGACGCUCGAGUAAGGCUGAGCCUCGCACGUUGAUCCUGACCAAGAAGUCCGUGAUCCUCGUCAAGCAGGCCAUGGUCAACAAACAGAUUACCAUCAUGGCCGACCGGACCAUUCCUUUGGGAUCGAUCAAGUUCGUCAGCUGCUCGAACCUCAAGGACGACUGGUUCUCCAUCGGAGCUGCCUCGCCGCAGGAGCCGGACCCGCUGGUGCACUGCGUGUUCAAGACGGAGUUCUUCACUCAUUUGAAGAACACAACCCGCGGCGCCACUGAGAUCAAGAUCGGACCGACGGUGGAAUACAACAAGAAGCCGGGUAAGCUUGCCGUCGUGAAGACGCAGAAGGACCCCGCGAUCCCUGCGAACCAGGACGCAUACAAGAGCAGUACCAUCCACACCAGCCAGGGUGAACCGCCAGACUCAAAGUCCAAGCCCACACCCAAGGGCAAGCAGGUCGCCAGCAAGCCCAUCACGAGCGGCAAGCUGCUGCGUCCCGGUGGACCUGGCGGUGCCCCCUCGAAGCUGGCGUCUCGUCCGGCACAGCCCAAGCCCAAGCCCGCACCUGCGCCAGCAGCUGCACCAGCGGCUGCCCAGCCAAGAGCGGUUCCUCAGCCGGUGGCUGCCCUCAGCAACGGUCCUGGCCACGCUCGUACCGCUUCUUCGUCAUCUGGACGCGCACCACCACCUCCGCCGCCACCGCCUGCGCCGCCUGCAGCGGUGCCAAAGGAGCCGACCUACAAGGCGCUGUACGACUUCAAUGGACAGACGGGCGGCGAGCUGAGCAUCUCGAAAGACGAGAUCAUCCUGGUCCUUCAGAAGGAAAACAACGGCUGGUGGCUAGGCAAGCGGCUCGACGGCUCCGACCAAGGCUGGACGCCCUCAGCCUACCUCGAAGAGCACAUACAAGCGGCGAAGCCGGCGCCGCCACCCCCGCCGCCCGUGGCGUCGCGACCGGUGCCUACGCCGCCGCCGGCAGCCAACGGCGUCAAUGGCGCCGCCAAGGCAAAGCCCAAGCCCCCGGCCCCGCCUGCGAAGCGCCCGGCUGUGCGCUCCAAGCCGGCGCCGCCGCCUGCGCCCCGCGACUCGGGCUAUUCGGGUGAGGGCAGGGCUGAGAGCCCCGCGCCUAGUAUGGCGGGUGGGUUGGCGGAGGCGUUGAAGGCGAGGCAGGCGGCUAUGCGGCAUAAAGAGGAUGAGGACGAGGAGUGGUAG